AGACGUCUCACCUCACCUCACCUCACAGCAUUCUGUCUAUCCGAGUGGAGUCGGAGGAGGACAUGAGCACGAAAAGGUCAGUGUAAUCAUAGGGACACCGAGAGAGAGAGAGAGAGAGAGGGGGGGAAAAGUGGAAAAGAAAUUGGAAAACUGAGAAAGAAAAUGGGAGGAAAAAAAAAAAAACAUUUAAAAAAUAUGCUUUAAAUAUUUUUAAAUAAAUCAAUAUGUAUGUACCCUGGAGGUAUGAGGCAAAAGUUUUAACCCCUAAGCCACCGUGCCCCCACAAAUUAACAUUUAAAAUAUUAAAACUUCUCUUCGGGGGAGUCACGUGAUUUUUUUUUAAAUAAAUACACACUGGAGAGACACCUUACACCUCCAGGGUCCCCAGUUUGAUCCCCUGGUUACUAUCUGCUUAGAGAUUCAUAUAUUCUCACUGCAUCCAUAUCGGUUUCCUCUGGGAUCUCCGGUUUCCUCCGAGCCUUCAAAAACAUACCAUUAAGUAGAGUGGCUAUGCUAAAUUGUCCCUAGGUGUGUGUGUGUGUGCAUGGUGCCUAGCAAUGGACUGGUAUCCUGUUCAGGGUGUAUUCCUGCCUGGAUAGGCAGCGUUCCCUGGAUAGGCUCCAGAUCCACCGUGAAUCUGAGCUGGAUAAAGUGCCAGUGAAUGAUUUCAUUUACAUUACAUUUAAUAAAUAAUUUCUCAGAAAAAUAAUCCAAGAAACGAAAGAAAAGGGCUGGAUGCAUGGACCUUACUCUCAAAGUCAAGGUUUGAGCGCCACAAAGGGUUGCACUCGUUAAACGUGUAUUAUUAAAAGCGCUGUUCAAAACAACACUGGAUUCAAUUUUCUGGGAUCCUUGGUCACGUUGGAAACGGCUUCACCACACAGUAGUGCACGUUCCUUCUUCUCCGUUCAAACGCCUCUCAAAACCUCAUCCCUUUCGACCUCAUCCGCCAAGCUUUCUGUAAGAAAUCUACAAUUACACAACAAUUAAAGCCCUGCAUGUGGAACGCUCUGAUCGUCACCAGGGCAUAAAAAUCACACAGCGAGAAGAAGAACCAGACUGCCAAUCAGCGACUAUUGUUCUGUUCGUCUCUCGCCUCGAACUGUGAUCUUCGCUCCGCGGCAUGCGUUACGUACACUACUAUUUGGAUAUGAAACGUUCCGGUGAUGGCUGCCGUCAUUUCAGUUCCGUUAAUUGGCUCGGAGAGAGCUCAAAAUAGUGCCAAACAUCAGCUCAGGUGGAGGAAACGGCGACGGAGAGCAACGCAACGAAGAGAAACCAUCAGUCGUUUACGAGGUGAUGCCGAUUCACGUCAACAUGAACGGGAAGGAAUAAAACACAACAGGGCACGCUGAAGUUGAUUCGUUUCCUUUAACAGCAUGUUCCUCUGUGGUUUCUUCCUCAUAGUCCUAGCAAUAGCAAUUCACCAAUGCUAACAUUUUUAUUUAUUAAAAAAAAAAAAUGUCAUGUUUAUACUUGUAUAUUUAUAGUUACAUUUACUGUUGUAGAACAUCUUCCAAAACACUUAGUUCCUGUCAUCACUUACAUUACAGCCGCUAUAGACGGUUGUUCCCUCACCAGCCUCUCCCCCCAGUCCCACCCCCUUUCUCUUGACGCUACCCAGGGAAAAAAACGAAACGCGGAUUAUGUUACCUUACUAAGAACUCGUAAAAGGCAUAAAAUUCCUACGGACAAAACAAAAAAAAGCACCGACACUGGAGACUCCUUCCGAAAAUAACGUGAAAUUAACGUCUCCGCAUAGAAAUCAUCAACAUGUCGACGAUCACUAGUGAGAAUUAGCGGGAAUUAGUUUUCAUCGCCGGGUGACAGGUUUUAGGGCGGGAGGAUUUAAAGAGGCAGGUGUUGGGUGACGUCACGUCUAAGAUUGUUUUGGAAAUCCUGUCGAGUGUCAUAUUUAACAGGUAUUAAUCAUUACAUUUCCGGCAAAGAAUCGCUCCGAUUUCACAAGUCGGAACGCUGAUACGGACACUCGUAACUCACUUGAGGUCAAAGGUCACUUGGGGUCUAACGUCGCUAACAAGAAUCACAGACGGAGAGACUUCCACUUGUCCCAUAAUGUUUCAGCGUUCCCCAUGAGGUUUUGUUCAUAUUUAUAGAUGACGGCAUUUACACAUAUAUUUCAGGUUUCAUUACUACUUUACAACCAAAAAUAUUUUUUUAAAAAAAUCAAAGAAGCAAACAUGUCUUGGCUAAUCAGGUACAUUUCGGCUAAUUCAAUUCACUUCGAUUUGUGACUCUGAAAACUUGUGUAGCACUUUUAACAAUGGACAUUUUCACAAAGCAAGUUUACAGAAAUAUAUCAAUUAACAGAUCAUUUUCGAUCAAUCCAGAGGUCACGGUGGCAACGAAAAGCUCUCCGAGACGAUACGAGGAAGAAACCGUGAGGGGAACCAGACCCGAAAGGGACCCCGUCCUCAUCUGGGUGACACCGGAUAGUGCGACUAUAAAUAAAUCCCUGUGUGCAACAUGGUCAAAUAGUGCAACUGUGUAGCCAGGAAAUCCGUCCUAGUUUUCACGAGGUUUGUUGACAUUAUCGACGGUUCACUGAUGGAUGCUCAGUCCUAAUGCUAUCAUAGCAAUUGCAGCCAUCUUUAUGGUUUCUAAGUGCCUCUUUAGGCUGUCCGUGUGGGGCCGUCCUCCGCAACAGCGAGUGCUUUCCAACUAAUGAGAACGCCGAGCAGAAGUAGCGUAUAAAAACCGACUUUGUUUUAUAAACCCGCCGUCCGCGAUUAUGCACUGCACGCGUCUCUCAUGCACGUUUUCCCAUCUCUCUCUGCGCCCGCCGGUGCUCUGUCUGUGGUGCAUUAGUAAUGCUCCCCCUCUGUCACAGACUGAUGCAUCUCCAGAAGGAACGAGACAUGGUCAGGUCUGGGUUUGUGCCAGUCCUGAGGAGUUCACACUCAGUAGGAACUCUGAUCGUGAACAUUACAUAAGUACAAACGAGCCUCGUAUCGUGGACCGACGUUUCGGCCAUGCGACCACGAUGCGAUGAUUUCGGUUAGGAAAGACAAUGUACGAAUAAUACUACUUUAUUUUGCUUUAUUUUCAAGCAAUAAACUCACUAACGCCUUAUUAUAAGUCGGAUUGUACUCGAGUACUUAUUUGAUUUUUGACUUCUUUUACACCGAACGGGCGUGCGUCGUCGAUCCGCUCGGAAAACGUCAGGCACACAGACCCGGUGAUGAACUCCGUGACAUCUCAACACGCGUACACGGUGUCUGCUGAAGGUGCAGGGGAUUGAAAAGCACCCCGCGAUGGUGUAUAGACGCUGUCACAAGCCUACUGUUUUGUUGGCGCUCUUUUUAUAGCAUUUUACCAGACCGAGACAUGAUGGAACCGGGUUUUUUGAAAGAUAAGAGUGAUAUACACUGCACUGCCAGGAGAGGUUUUGAGGAUAACUGUAAAGCAUUACCAUUUAAUCACUAUUAAAUAAAAUAACACAGACUUGCAACUCAUCGGGUGAGUCAACGAUCGCCAUUGACGGGCUGAAACUAACCGGAUUGGGUUUUUUAGCAUUGACUGGUUGGUGAUGGUUUUAAUUAGGCUAUAAGUUUGUUUAUGUUUUGGGAAAUAACGCCAAUUUUGUACGUUUGAAAAGAUGGGUGCAAACAAAUAUUAUGACUGUGUGAGUUAAAAGCAACACAUCUUUAGCUGAAACUAAUCAUGAACUGGAGUGAUGUAGCUGAGGUUGAGGAACUGUCUGCUUCCUACAUCUGGGUUUUUCUUUAGUGUUUUAUUUAUUUAUUUAUUAAUUUAAAUGUACUGUUCAGGGCACGCCCACUUCAGAUGUAAAUCCGAAGAGAUAUACAGAUAUGGAAAUUGAUGCACAGACUCAGAGGGCGGGAGAUUGUUCUAUAGGUGCUGUACUGAUGUUAAGCUGCAUGAAACCUUUUAUGAAACUGACAGGCGAGUCCAAAUCUAUUAUAUUGUCACACACAGACACAAAAGUUUGUUUCAGGAGCGUUAUAUAAGCGUAGUAAGUCAUCCCUCGGCAGGAGAGAAUGGAGGCCCAGUAGGAGGACAUGCUUUGAGGGGGUGAUGGUGUGCUCACACCUACUCUUCCUCCGGUCUCAUCUGUGCUCGAGCGCUGCGUUCUGGCUCGGCACAUGCGCCGGGGCGAGAAACUUCACAACGACUUCAAUAGAAACACAGUCAUCAGGGAACAGCAGGUGACCAAUGAGGUGAUGAUCCACACACCAUUGAAGAAGUAAAAGCGCUGAACCUGAUCCAGGUUGAUCUAGUAACACGCUGGUAGCAUUUGGAGCAUCUUAAAUGAUAAAUAAUAACAAUAAUAAUAAUAAUAAUAAGAGAUAUUCCAGUUUAGUAAGCGUUGUAAGGGGUUGACUGCUCAAAGAAAAUGCGCUCACGCUCCCCUGGAACGGUUUGUCGGUGAUGUCGGCUCAUUUCGGUGUGUACGCUUCGUUUUACAAAAUGCACGGACGUCAUGCAUAUUUCAUUUGAGGACCCUUUAGAACUGCCAACAGAUCGGCUGCAGGCUGACGGCGUCUGAGCACAUUACCAUAACGCAAAAUUUUCCACGAGUCAUUUCGGAGAGGGUUUAUGUCUCGGCAUGUUUUAUUCAAGACCUUAAUAGACAAGUUAUUUCCAAAUCAAAAACAACGCCUGCUCUGUUUUCUCCCCUCGUGCCUCAUCACGUGUUCAAAUCAAACAUGUAAACUUGUAUUUUUUGACAUGGGAAGGUGAACACAAUAUGUACUCACAGUUCCAAGUGGCUAAAAUUGUAAGGACCAUUAACACUUGUAUGAGCUGACUAAUGAAAGGGGCUAAUAAUUUAGCUAACUAGCCAUUAAAUAUUUGGUGCAAACGAUGUAGUGGAAACAAGACAAGAUUAUCAACAUUUUCCUCAGAUGUGUAGGUAAAUUAUUUUGAAAAGGAUCCUUACUGCUAAUAUUACGGAUAAGCGCCCGCUAACAACCGCCGCCGGCUGCUAACUUCUAUGUGCUCAGUACUCAUAAACUCGAAGCUCUACGAAAACGUCGUACAAACAAUAUAAAAGCAAAAUGACAGUGGAAACAAAACAAGAAUAUCAACAUUUCUCUCAGAUGUUUUGGUAAAUUACUUAAAAAAAAAAAAAAAAAAAAAAAAGUCUUACUGCUAACAUUCCAGCUAAUUCCUGCUAAUUAUUAGAACUGACUGCUAACUUCUAUGGGGUUCGUACGCCCAAAGAUUUGAAUACACCAAGAGUGAGUUAUGAAAUCUGGACUUAUUAUAAGUCUUCCGAUCUGUAUUGUUUAAUUACCCAAAACAAAGAUUUGAGAAAAUUCUCAAGUAUACAGUUUGCCUGUCAUACCCAGUGAAGGAGGUGUGGCGUCAGUGCCUGUCAGCCCCAGUGAAGGAGGCAUGGCUUUACAGCCUGUCAGUCCCAGUGAGUCCUCAGUGCCUGUCAGUCCCAGUAAAAGAGUUCUGUCCUCUGUGCCUAUCAGUCCCAGUGUAGGAGAUGUGGCCUCAGUGCCUGUCAGUCUCAGUGAAGGAGGUGUGGCGUCAGUGCCUGUCAGCCCCAGUGAAGGAGGCAUGGCUUUACAGCCUGUCAGUCCCAGUGAGUCCUCAGUGCCUGUCAGUCCCAGUAAAAGAGUUCUGUCCUCUGUGCCUAUCAGUCCCAGUGUAGGAGAUGUGGCCUCAGUGCCUGUCAGUCUCAGUGAAGGAGGCGUGGCUUCAGUGCCUGUCAGCCCCAGUGAAUUAGGCAUGGAUUUACAGCCUGUCAGUCCCAGUGAGUCCUCAGUGCCUGUCCUCUGUACCUAUCAGUCCCAGUGAAGGAGGCGUGGCCUUUGUGCCUGUCAGACUCAGUGAAAAAGGUUUGGCUUUUGUGCCUGUCAGUCCCAGUCAAAGAGGCUUUGUCAGUUCCCAGAAUGCUAGAUUUUGCCUUCCCUGUACAUGAGCCGCUCUGGCUACGAGUCUCCUCCAAAUAAAUACAUUUAAAGCCAUGUUUCUUCAGUUCUGCCUGAAAAACACAAACACGUUGAGGAUCUUGAAUGUAAUAAAGCCCUUCUCUAAAGUGAAAAAGUUGCAGCUUGUUUUCAGAGGCCAGUUUGCUGCACGGCUGUUCAUCUGAACAUACCAUGUGACUCAUGAUCUGCGCUAAACGUCCAAAUGCACUGAGUAAGCGGCUGCGCAUGCCAGCUGGAGAGGACAAGACAGGCCACAAGCUAUCAUUGACUCAGAGGGUGUGUUUGUGAGUGGUCGUGGGUGUAUGUUCAAAAGUGCGAGCAUUCAUGUUCCUCUUAUGCGAUAUUUUGAAACACCACUUUCCUCCCAGGUGAAUGUGGAUCUCAAUUAUACCGACGAGACAACAUGCAGUGCAAAAACAUUUCCCGCGUGCUGUCCCACUGAGUGAUUACGAUGUCCUGAAGGGUUUUAUUCCUUACGUUAAUUUGUUAACGCUGACAACUUUUUAUACAUUAAAAAGAUAGACGUCCUACUUUCAAUUGACCGUUGUGGAAUCAUGUUUGCCUCUUGGAAAGGGGGCGGAGCUGAGCAGCUUUGCGUUGCCUGGUGGUGGAGACGAUUUCUGGGCUGGAAAAAUGUAAACAGAAGCUCUGAAGGAAAGCAUGUGGAACAAUCCAUUCCAUGGCCAGAUUUCAAAUCACAGUUCUUCUAAGUUAUCUUUGAAGUUAGGUCAUUAUUACAGAUCUAGGAACAUGGUUGAGAAUUUCAAAUGGCACCUUUAAGAUUUCUGUUAUUCUAUUCUAAGUAUGUAUUUUUAAAAUACUUACAAAUACCAGAAAUUUGUAAGCAAGAAGUACUUGCUAAUCGUGUAGGACGCGGCAGAACUCCAUAAAUACUGUUUAUUAUGGGAAUUAAUUCACUUGGGUAAUUUCCAAGGCAUCGCUGGUUAUUUAAACCUUCACAAUCAAGCUGUUGGCAAAACAUGCUCUCCCCCUCCCUCUCUCUCUCUCUCUCUCUCUCUCUCUCACACCGUAUCUUCCAUUUUCUCCUCCUUUAUCUCUCACUUUUCCUCCACCUCUCUCACUCAGAUGAGAUGUGAUGUGCUCUUCUCACGCGUUUCUGGUCCCUUUCACGACUUUUACGCAUAAUUAAGUCGUGAUUACGCAUCUUGAGAGCACGAGCUGAUUCAUCCAGGUUAAAGAUAUCACUCCGUGCAGAAGCAGGAGUAAGAUAGCGCGCAAAACGCAGCGCGAGGAGCGCCCGUCGCUGUCCGGGCUGGGCGCGAGAACGCGCGCGGUCGCGGCCGGCAUCCUCGGCGUGGCCAUGGUGCUGGUGCUGGUGAUCCUGAUCCCGGUUCUGGUGAACGCGGCCGGAACCGACGCGCGCUACGAGACGCUCAGCGCCUGCAGGAUGGUCUGUGAUCCCUACGGCACCAUCAAGCCGCCGGCGCGCGCCACCGCAAGCGACCCGCGCUCCAUCCAGCCUCCGACCACUUUUCUGCGCGGUCCGAAAGGUGAACCGGGGCGCACGGGGCGCACUGGCCCGAGGGGUGACCCAGGUCCACCUGGACCACCUGGCCCGCCGGGAAAAGUCGGAAAUCCAGGACCACCCGGGUUACCCGGACCUCCGGGAAUGAUCGGUGUGAGCAGCGGCGUCGUAAACGCGGCCACGUACACCACAGUACCCAAAGUCGCUUUUUACGCAGGGCUCAAGAAGCAGCACGAAGGCUAUGAGGUCCUCAAGUUCGACGAUGUGGUCACCAACCUGGGCAACCACUACGACCCGGGCACCGGCAAGUUCACCUGCUCCAUCCCGGGAAUCUAUUUCUUCGUGUACCACGUGCUCAUGCGGGGAGGCGACGGCACGAGCAUGUGGGCAGAUUUGUGCAAAAAUAACCAGGUGAGGGCGAGCGCCAUCGCUCAGGAUGCAGAUCAGAACUAUGACUACGCCAGCAACAGCGUGGUGUUACACUUGGAGCCUGGAGACGAGAUCUACAUCAAGCUGGACGGCGGCAAAGCGCACGGAGGGAACAACAACAAAUACAGCACGUUCUCUGGGUUCAUGAUUUACGCAGAUUAACCCGGGACAGGACUUGCCGCUUACGUGAAAGUCAACCUGCCUGGUUUUUCACUCAAGAGGCAUUCAAAUGAAAGGAAACGCUGCGAAUAAACGCAAUUACAGUGUUCACUCGUGAUUAAAAGUUCUCGUCCUUAAAGCUGGACAAGACGGUAUUGGAUCACGAUGGUUAUGAUAGUGUAACGUGUGGGAAAAUCCUUUAAAAGGUUCAUUGGACGUAGUGACCUUAAGCAUGUGGUGACUUCAUCCAUCAGUUAGAUUAUAGACGAUUCACUGUGAGGUAUGGAAAAGAAAAGUUCGGUUAAGUAAUCAUGUUGUGUUUGUUUGCUGGUCAGUUUUGUGCUCAGUCACAUGUUCUGAUGAGCUUCAUUUUGAGUUUUACUAAGACGACCUACUUAGAAGUAAAAACGGUUCUGCAGAAGAUUCACACCAACGUCAAUAUAUUGUACCUCAUUUGAUCUUUGUAUCGCUUUAUUAUUGAAUAGCAUAAACAUUGUGCGAUGACGAAAAUAAACGAAACGUCUCUAGUGCUGUUCUUGCAAAGCAUUAUGGGUGAGAGAAAGGUCAGCAGUGUAUACCUAUGGCACGAGAACCA